CUUCAUUGCUUUCAUAAUCAUACUUGCAUCAUUAGAAUGCUGAGAGCAAUUCUAUUACAUUGUCUCAAAGGAUUAGAGAAGGACAAAGUCAAAUUAUUAUGUGUGUGAAGGGUGCAUUUGUAUAAGGCGGAUCACCGUUAUAAGUCCAUUAGCUUUGGUAUGUAGAGCUUCUUGCCCCCUUUUUGUUUCAAAAAUAUAGCAUUAUCCGCGCUCGCCCGGAUGCCAAAGAAGAUCUUGGAAUCGGGGGAAGAAAGGCAAUGAAAACUGGGGAGGAUGAGUGGAUGUUGAAAUGAGGGCUAAAAUUCCUCCCAUAACGCGCAGCAAGUCUCCCAUGCUUGCGGGGAACAAAGAGAACGAGGGCAACAAGAUCAAUGGUGGGAGCGCGGAGAGUCUGUAUACCUCUGCAACGCAGCGGCGAGGUCGGGCUGCAACCCCCCCGUCAACAGUGGGCAAUGACAGAGGACGAAGGCCUCUCAACGAUCUCCUAUCCACUUCAAACUCCAGCCCCAACCCCAACCCCAGGCGAGGGAGAGGGAGAGGGGUGGAUCACCAACCAUCGCCGCUACCUCUCCGCAAGUGCAGUCCCUCUCCCACUCCGACCACUGGAACCCCAAGGAGCACUAGCUGCACCCGGAGCUCUAAGCUCGACAAGUCAGAGGAGUUACAGCGAUCCAGUGGCUCCGCACAAUAUGGGAUGAAGGACAAGGCUCUUUCUCGGACGUUUUUUCAACUUGGAAAAACGCCAUCUCAGAAUGGGAAUGGGAUGAAGAAGAAUUGUGGUCUACACUCUGGGAAUCUGCCCAAGAGCCGGAGUGGAAGUUUUGGAUCGGCAGGUAGAAAGCGGCAUGAUAACCACAAGGAAGGCCAUGAUAGCCUACGUGGAAGAUCUCAAGAAGCUGGACUUCGUCUGCCAAUGGUUGGAUCGCCCAAGCCCACAUCAGCUGCUGCCCUCCAGAGACCUGAAACCGCUCCUUUACAAAAGGUAUAUUUGAAUAAUUGUUAUGCAACCCCUGCUCAAAAAUUGCUUGACAAAGUCUAUAAUUACCAUUCCGCUACUCCUGCAACUAGAUUCAAAGGAAGGUACCAAGAUUCUGUCCCUACACAUGUAUCUGUGGGAAGAGAAGAUACAGAUUUUACCCCUCUCACAGUUGGAAACGGGUGUGAAUUCACUUGUGCUCCCACCAUAUUGAGGAAAGGAGAUUUUACCCCUGCUUCCAACCCAGAUGGGGAAGGAGGAGCUACACCUGCAACUAGAUUCAAAGGAAGGUACCAAGAUUCUGUCCCUACACAUGUAUCUGUGGGAAGAGAAGAUGCAGAUUUUACCCCUCCCACAGUUGGAAACGGGUGUGAAUUCACUUCUGCUCCCACCAUAUUGAGGAAAGGAGAUUUUACCCCUGCUUCCAACCCAGAUGGGGAAGGAGGAGCUACUCCUGCAACUAGAUUUAAAGGAAGGUACCAAGAUUCUGUCCCUACACAUGUGUUUGUGGGAAGAGAAGAUGCAGUUUUUACUCCUCCCACAGUUAGAAACGGGUAUGAUUUUUCUCCUGCUCCCACCAUAUUGAGGAAAGGAGGAGAUUUUACCCCUGCUUCCAAUCCAGAUGGGGAAGGAGGAGCUACUCCCGCAACUAGAUUCAAAGGAAGGUACCAAGAUCCUGUCCCUGCACAUGUAUUAGUGGGAAGAGAAGAUGCAGUUUUUACACCUACCACAAUUGGAAACGGGGGUGAUUUCACUCCUGCUCCCACCUUAUUGAGGAAAGGAGGAGAUUUUACCCCUUCUUCCAACUCGGAUGGAAAAGGAGGAGAUUUUACUCCUAAUCCUGCUUCAAAUUGGAACAGAGGGCAUUUUACUCCUGCUCAGCAUAACGUUCAUGCCACUCCUGAGCAGAGAACACAGGUUACCCCUCCAGUUCAGCCCUCCAUCUCGCCAGAGAUACAUUCUCAGAAUUUGGAUGAGCUUAAAGAUGGUCAUAGAUGCUUUGGUGCAGGGCAUGUCAUGGCUCCAGUGCUGGGCAAGGUCAGAGACAGGAGGAAGUGUAGGCCUAGGGGGAUUUUGACUGUAGGGGAAGCAACACCUAUAUUAUUAGACAAAAAUAGAAGGUUCUCGUUGGAUCCAGUGCCUAUGGCGGCCUCUGUGAAGUGGAUAUCUCCAAGGGAUGCAAAAAACCUCACAAAUCUGCCAGGUGCUCAAGCCACUCCUUCCUCGGGCUUCACACAACCCAGUUCUUCAAUCAGUUCGAAAUAUGUAACUUCCCAAGCCUCUUCUUCCCCCGGGUUUACUCAGACCACUCCUUCAAGCGUUCCAAAUUCGAAAAGUCCAAAUCCUCAAGCCACUUCUCUAUCCGGGACAGAUGCGAAUUCCAAAGGUCCAAGUCCUCAAGUCACUUCACUAUCUGGGAUUGAUGGAAGUUUUUGUUCGGGAUUUAGUUCAAGUCCAAUUCCUCAAGCAGGUUCUCUGUACGGCUUGACUCCAGCUACUACUCGGUCUGGACUCUCUUCAAAACCUUUAAAUCAUGAAUCUACUAUUUCAUCUCGUGUCACUCCAGUAACACAAAAUCUUAGUACAGUUCUUCCAACCGCGUUUGUUCAAGAAGUUCCACAUAUUCGAGGCAUUUUGUCACCUAUGUUAACAACAGGAACUGGAAAUCUUGAAAGCACUCCAUCGGGGAAUAGUUCUAAAUUUCAAAAUUACGUUUGUACUACUCCAUCUGGGUUAACACCAGAACUUCGAAACGGUCGAAGGAUUUCCACUCUUGAGUACAAUCAAGAAAUAUCUAAUAUGGAGGCCAAUUCAGUAUGUGGCAUUAGUCCGCAGGUUGUAUCUUGUUGUAAGUCAGAUAUAGAUAUUUCUUCUCAGUAUUGGUUCCAUCCAAAUGGUCCAUAUCAGUGUUGUGAGUCCCAGGGGAUGACUCCAUCUAUGAGUUCCCAAUCUGAGUUCAUUCCCAAGACGUUCCCACAAGGCAACGAUUCACACAGGGCUCGUUUAUCUUCAGCAAAUGCAAUUCUUCCUUCUGAAUGCACAGGCGGUCCAGAAGUAGGCAGACCUUCUAAUUCGGAGGUUUCUUCAAUGGACAAGGAUAAUUUAAGACAGGAAAUUCAAAUGCCCAUUCCAUCUUCCAAGGGUUUUACUCAGGUAAGAAUUUCAUGGCGGGAUGGACUGAUGAGCCGCAUUUUCAAAUUUAGUGAAUUGGAUAGCUGUGAUUUGACCUUGGAGGGGAGUGGAAAGGAGGAACAUAAGACUGAAUCUGUUUCCAGAGAAAACUAUCUCUUGAACCCUGAAAACAAUACGGAUCUCGAGUAUUCUUGCCCGUUCAGCAAUGACUUGCAACUAGAUGCACCUUUUGGUUCCUUUGAAUACAUGACGGGGGCCGAUGCAAACGUGUCAGAUCCAUCUGUGCUAUUGGCUUCUAGUCUGUCUCAGGAGAAUGUUCUCUCCAAGUCAUUAGUAAGGUCCUUCAUAAGUCCUGCUUCUCAAGGCUUAGAAGCAGAGUCCACAUUUGCAGAGGAUAUCACAUCAUCUGGUGACCUUGAUUGGACAUUCUGCUACAAAAACCAGCUAUUUGAAGAAGCAGCCUGAGUAAGGAUAUACACAUCACGAAUUCACAUCACAGUUUAUACUUUUGAGUUGGUUCUUUGGCACUAUUCUUUUGCGGUUGCAUCGCACUUUUGGGAAGUCCUAUAUAGCCUCUCCUACAAUUGCACUGAAGAAAUCUUAUUCUGCAACUUUCUGUAAGACCUUUUGCAUUCUGUUAGACACUGGACGUACGGAUUUGAUAGUUCAUGUGAUGUACUGAGUAUCUCAAUUUCCAAAUACCCUAGAGCUGAGUCCUUGCGAUAUUAUUAGGAUCUGAAUGUCAUGAAGAAAUGUUGUGGACAAUUUGAAGGAAGCUCUAGAUGUACUUGUACAGCCACCUGGACAAUUUCAAGGAAUUUCAAGAUGUACUUGUACGGCCAAUGGAAAGAUAAGACUAACCUAAAAAUAAUUUUCCCUUUUUCCUUCAACCUGUUAUAUGUUGAAAUGUUGCUCUGUCUUGAGUUAAUUUCACAUUUGGGAAUAAUUUGUAUUAGUCUUUCCAGAAGAUUUGAGCAUUUUUGUAUCCAUUUUGCAAUGAUCUAAACCAAGGCGGGGUUUUAAAUUCUCAAGGAACAAAUUGCAUAUUCAGGCAUUUUAAAUAUAUUUAGCUUGUUGGA